GCACAAAGCUGGCUGUACAACAAACAAAAAUAAAUUAUAAAUCAUCAUGGUGUGUGCGGUUUUCACGUCAGCCAUCAUAAAAUAAUAAAAAUAUGAGUUAAUAACGAAAAUUAAAAAAAAAAGUUGAAAAGGUGUCAGUGAAAAGUGAGUGAUACAUCAUAAAAUAAAUAAAAAAAAAUCUUUUGAUAUUUUUCCGAGCGAAACCUCGGAUUUCAAAGUUCUUCGUUAAUUAACUAACGAACAAAAAAAAUCUAAAAAUACAAAAAUCGAAGAAUGAAGUUGUGGAAAACGCGGAAAAGCACAAGUUGCGUCUCAGGCAACAACUCGAAAUCAGACGAGGAUAAAUUUAAGGCGCCAAUUUCGCAAUCGACACCUGUACUGGGAAAUCGUGCCAUGAGUCCCGCGCAGUCUGAAGACUCGGGUUUGGCAGUUGAUCGUCCCACGACCUACACCACAAUUACGAUUCCGCGUGAAGAUGCGAAGAGUUUAGGGAUUACGUUUGCCGAUAGAUUUGAUAUUUCGUAUCCGCCAGUCAUUGAAUCGAUAAAUGAACUUGGAACGGCGAGUGAUUUGUUGUCGCCCGGCGAUCGAAUUCAUCAAAUUGACGGGAUUUCGACAAUUGGAUUGACGAAUCAGCAUGUUUUUAAUCUUUUGUGUAACGGAGAUGGUCCAGCAACUGUCGAAAUUGAGUAUUAUUUGCCCGAGCAUGUUUCUCAAAAUAAAUUGAGGGUAAUUUCCAAAAUUGCUCAAAUCACGAUAGAACGAGAGACGGAAUUUUUAGGCUUAACGUUGCGUGGCGGAGGAGAGUUGCCCCUAAUUGUAACAAAUGUCAGACCAGAAGGUCCAGUUUACAAAACAGGACUCAUAAAACCGGGCGAUCGAAUUCUUCGAUUGGAUAAUAUCUCCCUCAUCAACAAAACCCUCGCUGAAGCCCAAAUGUUACUAAAAACGUUCGAUGCGUCACGUCUCUCAAACCUUACCAUCGAAUACGACGUCUCCGUCAUCCAAAAUUUAGAAUUUUCCGUGGGCCCGUUGCUGAUAGAGAUCGAACGAGGUCCCAAUGAACGUGUUGGUCUCGUGCUGAGCAACUAUUCGAGCGUUUUUGAGAGCAGUCAGUAUCAAAGUGUCGACGAUAUGAAGCCAAAUCAGAUUUAUGUGGCGAAUAUUAUACCAGCAAGUAUUGCGGAUCGAUGCGGCGCAUUUUCCGUCGGAGAUAAAUUAAUUUCCGUUAAUGGAACGAUCAUCGAAGGCAUGUCGUAUAAUCCGACAGAAGUAACGGAGCUCAUUGAUGCCAGCAGUGCACUCGGAUACUUACAAAUUCAGAUAAUGCCGAUACAUGCGCUUGCGAGACGGAGAGAGAUGCAAAUGAGUCAAAAUUUGUACGGAUACAAUACGAUAGACUCCCGCAAAACGGUUCGAAGUCGCAGUAAUUUCUCAAAUCGCAAGACAAACUAUCAAUCGCAGAUUUUCGAUCCGAUGGCAAUUUAUGCGAACAGUGGUUUGUACCGUUCGGAGCUCGUUCACACAAUUAUCGACUGUUCUCAAGGCUCCGGGAUAUGUUUAGGUCCGCCAGCACCCAAUGGUCGAGGUUUCAUCAUCAAUCACGUAAUUCAAGAUUCCUCUGCCGAUCGUUCGGGUUGCAUCCAAAAGGGAGAUCGUCUCUUAGCUGUUAACAAAACUUACAAUUUGGAUCUCAUGACGAUACGACAAAUGCUCGGCGACUUCCCAAGCGACGAAAUUUCGAAUCAAUUCAAUUCGUGGGUCGAGCUGGAAAUUGAAUACGACAUUGCGGAUGCGACAAACCAAAAAUGCGGCAUUUUUGACGUGAAAUUGAUGAAACGAAGCAAAUCCGGAUUGGGAAUCACGGUAAAUGGAAGUUCUAAUGGAAUGUAUGCCAUUUCUCACAUCAAACCGGGAAGUCCAGCAUAUCGAACGGGAGCUUUGAGACCCGGAGAUACAGUAAUUGCGGUUGAUUCUCAUCCCGUGGAACAUUUCAACAUCGAUUCCUUGCUGAAAGAGACACAAGGCGAUUGUGUAACUUUGACUAUUAGAAGGAAUAUUUUGCCGGAUUUCCUUUUUGAUGCACAACAACGGAGCAAUUUCAUGUUCGAGAACUCGGAAAGUUCGUAUAAUUCAAGUCCCAAAUUUGGCGAUACGGGACAACAACGAUCUCCAUCGCCCGUGGGGCAAGAAAUGUACGAGAUGAUCGAAUUGAAUAACAUGAACUUUCAACAUCCGCCGCCGCCGCCAGAGUGGUUCGAUAAUGAAAAUAAAGAAAUUAAUGAAGAUAUCGAACACUAUACCGUCGCUUCCCCCGCCCUUCCUCCUCCUCAAACCAUGAAGACUGAAAAAAUCGAGCAAAAUUUCGUCGUAAAAUUGGAAAAAACUUCCGGUCCUUUAGGCAUCACUUUAGCUGGCAGCGAGCAACUUGGACAACCAAUUACUAUCAGUGCAAUUGCCGACGGCGGUUUGGCGCAAAAAACGGGCGAAGUUGAAGUCGGAGAUCAACUGCUGGCAGUUAACGGUCAAAAUGUGCAAAACAUGGCGCUGUCCGAUGCCACAAAGUUACUUCACAAGUUCAAUGAUGUCGUUUAUUUGCAUUUAUCGAGAAUAAAAGACAUUGAAAUUCCGAGUCACAUCCCGCAACCACAAGCCAUUUAUGCCAAAGUCGUGAAGAAAACGUCGAAAAGCCCAUCGAUUAAGGACAAUCUCUCCUCUACCUCAAGUGACGGCUUCCGAACGCUUCAUGUGACGCUGCACAAAGACAAAGUAUACGACGAUUAUGGGUUCUCCGUGUCCGAUGGCCUCUACGAUAAGGGAGUUUACAUCAAUAGAAUCCGUAGCGGAGGUCCUGCUGAUCUCACGGGACAAUUAAAACCUUUUGAUCGAAUCAUGCAGGUCAAUGAAACUAAAACUGUCGACUUCGAUUGUUGCCUUACCGUUCCUUUGAUCGCUACAGCAGGAGAUAAAAUUGACUUGAUUGUCCAAAGAUCCGUUAAAAUGUCUUAUUAAC